UAAAAACAUUCGGAAUCAUAGCAGAUUUCACUGCGCGGGGUUUUCCUUCCCUCUUCCUCUUUCUCUUUCUCUUUCUCCUUCUCCCUUAACGCGAAACGUAGGAAAUCGAUUCAUCUUCAAGUUCAAGCGAUAGGUAUGGAUUUGGAGCCAUUGAUGACUGAAAUUCGGAGGCAUGUUGAAGUUGAGUGCAAGGAUAAGUUGGAGACGGCUCAUGGUGUUGAAAUUCACCCGGAAGCUCUGUUUCUAGCUUGUGUGAUUGCCCUAAGAUAUUCCAAUGUUUUAUUGGCUAAUGAUAAUGAAGAAGGGGGUUCUAAUAAUCAUGAGGUGCUUCUCCGAGAGAAGGCGGCAGAGCUGGUAGAGAAAGCCUGUGUGAGAUUGAGGCAUGACCUCGACACUGAUGCAGAGGAGGAUGCAUUGGGUAUGGAUGAAUACUACUUGUGUCGUGCGCUUGUUGAAUUGGAAGAAAUCAAUAAGGAGAAGGUCCACGGGAAAAAGUUUUGGGUUCCUCGUGUACAAAAGGAAUAUGAAGAUUUGAUGGAUAAGUGGGAUAGGUUUACGAGAAAGUCAAAGCCAAUAAUGAUGUCGAGGACACGGUCUACAAGGAGAGCUGAAGAGCUAUACAUGUUAGAACAACUGCGCCAUGGGCUAGUUUCUUCAUUACAGGAAGCUGAACCCAAUAACAAGACUAAAAUGAAACCCAUCUUUGGGGUUGCUCAAUCUCUUAGUUCUCUUAUUUCUGAGCUUCUACUAUCAACUCAUGAAAAUCUCAAGGAAAACCUGACUGUUACUCCACGUUUAGUGGCAGAGGUAGCAGGCCCCUUGACUGGGGUUCCAGCUUCAUGGCUCCUUCGAUGUUCAGAGCCUCCUUUGCAGGGCCUGGAAUCAAGAUUAGCUGAGAGGCUAAUUGGACAAGAUCAUGUUAGAUUUCUGAUUAGCAAUGCCUUGUUGAGGCAAAGAUCUGGGCCUCGACCUGUUGGCUCGUUUCUCUUCCUAUAUGGCUCUGGAAUGGGAAGGACAGAGCACGCAAAAGCUCUUGCAAAACAAAUUUUUGAUAAUAGUGACUUGCUCACAGAAUUUGACAUGUCAGAGUACAUGGAUUCUGAUUCCGUCUCACGACUGAUUGGUGUUCCCUCCAGUUACAAAGAAUGUGGCGUGGAAGGAAUGCUUACAGAAGCUGUGAGGAGGAGGCCAUACAGCGUCAUCUUGUUUGACAAUGUUGAUAUGGCUCAUCCUGCUGUUGUUGAUGUUCUGAUCGAAAUUUUAAGUCAUGGUAGAGUAUUAGUUGACCAAGGAAACUCUGUUGAUUUCACCAAAACAUUGAUUGUCUUGACAUCGAAUGCUAUAGAUGGUAACUUCCGAUUGUGGGGCUGCGACUGUAUAUGGAGGUCUCAAGAUUGCCCUGUGAAAGACAACUUGUAUAGUGAUCGAUGGGAACAGAAACAUCGAUGCAUCUAUCCUUCUCUUUUGAGAGAGGCAAGAAGAUAUUUCAAACCUGAGUUGUUUGAGAAACUGGAUGAUGUGAUUGUCUUUAAAUGCCUCUCCCCUGAACAGUCUAUGACUAUUGGUAGGCUCCAGCUGAGGGACAUAGCCAGCUCCAUCACAGAAAAAAAACUUAUCCUGUACCCAUCUGAAGCUGCAUUGCGUUGUAUGGUAAUGAAGGGGGCAUUAGGACUGCAUGGUGGAGAGGUCUUGAGGAUUUUGCUCGAGGAGAAUGUGGUCCCUUUGUUGUUUGAUAUGCUUACAAAGAAUGAAAUAGAUGAUAUGUCUGCGGUUUACAUAGAUGCCCUGGUGGGAACAAAGGAACUGUCUUAUAGAUUGGAGAAGCGUGGUUCUUACGUGGAAGACCUGUUCUUGAAGCACUUCAAAGAAUCUUUUAGGGAAUUGAGAAUCAUGUACCGCAAAGAGAAGGAACGAAUCAAUAUGAUCUACACUUUGAGACGAAACUUUUUUCAGUUGAUGAAUCUCCUGAAUGCAAAUGCCGUGGCAGAUUUCGGCUGUGUUGCUGAAGUAGUCCAAAAGUUGCUUAGUACAGUGGAUGAUCUCAUAAGGAAUACAGUCGAUGUCAAUUUGACACCCAGUCAGAAUAAACUGGCACCUUUAAACUAUUCCAAUGAGGAGACACAACCUACAGACACUGAAAGGUCUACCAAGAGGGCUAAGAAUCAAGUGCAGGGUCUUUGCAUGGUAUUGUGCAACAGAGUGGUGGGUCAAAAUCAGGAAGCAAUUGAUGUCGUAGCAGAGGCAAUGUUGAAAUCAAUUCUUGCACCACAUGAUCUGCCACAUCGACCCACUAUGUCACUCCUAUUUUUGGGUCUUACAAGGGUUGGUCAGGCUGAUUUUGUAAGAAGUGUAGCUGAGAAUUUUAUAUGUGAUGAUGGGACGGACCUACUUAUUCAAAUUGACUUGUCUAAAUACAGAGACCCAGACUCGCUUUUCCAGUUGAUCCAUGGGCCUCUAGAGCUUCCAUUUAGCCAUAGCCAACAUGGUGUUCCACUCCUAGAAAUUGUCCAGAUGAGGCCACACAGCAUUCUUCUAUUUUCACAAGUUGAGAUGGCACACAUUUCUGUCUUCAGUGCUUUACUUUCUGUUCUUGAUCAAGGUACAUUGAGUAAUGUUGAUGGACAUACGGUAGAUUUCAGACACACUGUGGUUAUUUUUGCCUCGAAUGUGGGUAACAGAAGGCUUCUUGCGCAUCUUGUUGGACAUGCUUCUCAAGAUGGUGCUUCUCAUGAAGUUAUACAGCAGGAGAAAAUAGGCUUUAGGUAUGAGUUGCUGAACGGGUUGAUGAGAUUGUACUUUUUAAUCCUUUUGCUCGUGAGCAACUGAGGAAAGUUGCUAGGUUGUCGAUGAGGGAUGGUUCUCCUUUGAAAGAGGGGCCACCUCUUGCACUAUCCACAGCAUUUUUGGAUUUGUUCAAUGCAGCUAGUGAUCCAAUUUAUGAACAAUUUCCAUCGGCCAUGGAAGAUACAGCCUCUUUUCUUGCAAAGGGAUUCGUCAAUAAUAGCAGCAGCAGCAGCAGUGCAGAGUGCUCGCUCAAGUUGUAGAAAUUACCAUCACUGACAAUACAUGUGGUAGCCAAAAACAACUUCUUAUGUACAUAUAAUGGUGGUGUUGAUGCACAGAAAUUAUAAGGUGCCUAAUAGUAAUUUUGUAGGGUAGUACGUAGGCUAGUUCUAACACAUUGCAACUGAAAUAUUUAAAAGCAAUAUAUAACUCAGUAUGGCAGUGUCUAACUUAAAUACAUGCUUCUAUUCUGUGCUUUUUGAUAUUUUAGAUCCAUUGACCGAAAAUCUUGGAAUUGCCGUGAUGUCUGGUUAUUAUGCAGACCUUUUAAACUU